AUGUACGAUAUUAAAGUUGAUGAGUCAUUUUUUAAUGAUAAUCAAAUUCACGAUGAAAUUCCGCAAGAUGAUUUCAGCGAACAUAUUCCUGUAGAAGAUAGUCUUACGGCCCAGCAGCAGACAUUAUUGUGGAAUGAAGAACAUUACUUACGUAUUGCACCUGGUGAAGACAAUGUACCUCAAAGCUUAUUAUUUGAUGAACAUGCAGAGGAACUUUCCUUUCCCGCAAUUUACUUGGGUCAAUUCCGUAAUUUUAGGGAUGGUGUUAAAGUAACCCCUUUUAUGAUGGCUUCUAGCGAACUAAGACGAUCUGAUCGUCGUGCAGUUACGCCUUUGGACAUGCAGAAAGUAAUUGAAAUUUCUCGAAAUUUAUGCCGAGAAGAUGGUUUGAAUGAUGAACCUGAAGUACAAAAUGUUGCUAACAUCGCAUCUGAACCAAAUCCAUUCCAAAAUUUAUAUAACAAUCCUCUUUCUGAAAUGAAUAGUGAUCUUCGUCUAGCAGUACUUAAUAAGCUUGGAACUAUUGCUAAAAAACGAGAAAAUUUGAUGCCAAAUACAGAAUUUUAUGAAUUGAUGAGAAUGGCAAAUGAUAAGCAAAAAGAGCUUUUGUUACAUGUCAUUUCAAAUCUAUUAAAUCCAAACCGUAGUCCAUUUCAAAUAUUUUUCACGGGUCCAGCUGGAUGUGGUAAGACUUUCGUCAUAAAGCUUAUCAUGGAAAUUUAUAACCGAUAUAAUGAGAAUGAUGGAUGCUGUAACUCGUACAUCCCCUGUGCUUCAACAGGCAAAGCUGCUGUUGCCAUUGACGGAACUACCGUACAUACUGCCCUAAAAAUAUCUUUGUCGAGAUUACUUCCACUAAGCACUGAAGUAGCACAUCAAUAUAGAGCACUAUUUAAAUACGUCAAAGUGUUAAUCAUUGAUGAAAUAAGUAUGAUUGGUGCUGAAUUACUUUCUCAGAUUGACUCUAGGUUGAAGCAGAUUACUGGAGAUUUUAAAACUAACUUUGGUGGUUUAGACGUUAUUUUGAUUGGAGAUCUACGCCAGUUACCACCAGUUCGAGCUACCCCAAUUUACAAACAGCAGAAGCAGAAAAUUGUUGGACCUAUUUUAUGGCGUGGAUUCAGAUUUUUUGAAUUAGAUCAAGUUAUGCGGCAGGCAAACCAAGAGUUUUCUUCAAUAUUGACAAAAAUUGGGAAUGGUCAACAGCUCAAUGAUCAGGAAUUAAUUUUAUUGGAAUCGCGAUUUGUAACAAUGCAGGAGGCCGAAGAAAAAUGUCCACAUGGAAUCAGACUAUUUAAUACAAACAAGGAUGUUACAAAAUAUAAUAACCGAAUUUUAAGUACUGCUCCAAAUAAAACUACUUCAAUUGCUAAAGACGUAUUUGUUGGCUGUACUUCAGCAGAACAAACAGCUUUUGUCCGUCAAAAAUUAUAUAAAAUGUCGCUCAUUGAUACUGGAGGGUUGCCUUAUGAAACCGUAUUUGUGCCGAAUGUUUUCUACAUGAUUACAACAAACAUCGAUGUAUCAGAUGGCCUAGCAAAUGGAGCUGUUGGAAAAUUAGUUCAUCUUGAAUUUAAUGAUGAAGGAGAUUUACACAAUGUGGCCGAUAACCUAAAGACUAACACAGUAAGAACAGAUGCGAUGUAUACUACAUCAACUUUGGGAUCAAACAGAAAUUUUGAAUGUAAUCAAUGUGAGUUCGAAACAUCAAAACAAAGUAUAAUUCAUAGACAUAUAAAAUCUCAUUUUAGUAUUCUCAUAAAGGCAAGCGAAAAGCCAAAUGAUGUAUUGGAAAAGAAAUUUAAUUGUAAAUUGUGUUCAGGCAGUUUUACAGAUGCAACAUCCCUUUCAAAACAUAUUGUGUCUUCACAUAUUAAAGUGAUUGAAACAUAA